AGUUUACAGACCAGCCGAGUGAACUGAAAGGCUUCUCCGUUCACACUCGUCUGGUUAAGGGGUCACGGGGGUUCGGCUUCAAUAUAGUGGGAGGCAGCAGGCGGAGGGAAUUCCUGCAGAUCUACAGCAUCACUCCCGGAGGACCUUCCACCCUUCACAUAGCGGAUAUUCUGGUGUACAUCAAUGAUACCUGUGUGCUUGGCUUUUCUCACAAAGAGGUAGUGGAAAUGUUGAAAGCCAUUCCAGUGGGUCACACUGUGGACGUUGUUGUCCGAAGAGGCUACCCCAUGCUCUAUAACUCUGACGGCUGUCCGAAGAUGCCCAAUCCUAGGCUAACAGCAUCCCUAGACCAGUCACUAUAUCUACCUCCACCAACCACCACCCAACCCCAGGCCCAGGCUCCUCUCCCAUAUGCUCAGCUACACCUCAACCACAAUGGGCCCAUGUGGUCUGAUUUUGAGAGGGGAUCCUCAAGGAAUCUCAGAGUACGGGCAUCAAGGUUCAGUUUGGAUGCUAAUGGUAAUUCAUCUCCAUUUGCUUCUCCUUCAAGACAGCCAUCAUCAUACCAGUACUCUAACGGGUAUGGGAGUGGGUUCCUGAGACCACCACGCUCUGCCCGAAGCAUCAGGAGGUUACAGAGUGCAGAACUGGCCAGCCAGAGUGACAGCGAGGUGGUGUCUGCGAUUGGAUCCCAUAGGGCCUCGUUUAUCCGUAACCACAACAACAACUCUCUGUCCACUCCACCACCUCUCCGCCUGCACUCCUUCAAAUCUUCUGAGAGUGACCUUUCCUCGAGUACUCCACCACCCAUAUCUCGAUUGCCCCUGCCCCACACUGAAGUAAGUCCAGGCCCUAUCUCUUUCUCUCCUGGAGGAGGAAGGCGCUACUCUCAUCUCCGUAAACCCCAGCAUUCACUGCUAACCCCACCUAGCAGCGCCCAUUCUGACGGGCCUUACUUCACCUUCAACGGCACAGCCAGUGCCAGCAGCGGCAGCCCGAACAGCAGCAUUCCUUCACCUGGAGCCAUGAGCGCUGUGAUCGGGAGUGGAAUUGGAAGAAUGGAGGGUAGUGGGGAAUUAGUCCCCGUUGCUUUGGCUAAAUGUGAGAGGGGCAGCAAUAUGGGGUUCAGUGUCACGGCAGGAGGUCACGGAGGAAGACAGACCCUCGUGAAGAAAGUCUGGGACCACAGACAGUGUAUCGGACUGCAGCCUGGAGAUGCCAUUGUGAAGAUCAAUGGAGCAGAUGUACAGAGUCUCAGCUUUGCACAGGUCCAAAGGAUUUUGCAAGAACACACUAAAAAGGGGGAGGUUAUUCUGCUGGUUUACAGAGGGGGUACGUUAUAUAUGUUCACCCAUUCCAUAAUACACAGUAUCCACAUUUAA